AUGGGGUGCGUUCUCGGUAGGGCCACCGGCAGAAUAAAGACUCGGCGGAAGCAGAAGAACGAUGACCGUCGGGAUUCGGAAUCCGCCGCCGGCCCGGUGGAAAACGAAGUGCCGGAAAGAGGGAAGGGGAAGAAGAUCGAAGAGGUUCCGGUGCCGUCUUCAGCGGCGGAGGUGCCGGAUUUCCGGCUGAGAAGGGGCUUCUCUACUGGCGGCGACGGGUGGCCAUCGUGGCUAAACGACGUCGCUGGGCAAGCCAUUAAGGACUGGAAACCCCGCCGAGCCAACACAUUCGAGAAGCUCGAUAAGAUUGGGCAAGGUACAUACAGCAAUGUGUAUAAAGCCAGGGAUUUGAUCACUGGAAAAGUGGUGGCACUAAAAAAAGUCAGGUUCGAUAACUUGGAGCCUGAAACUGUGAAGUUCAUGGCUAGAGAAAUACUUGUAUUAAGAAGGCUAAAUCAUCCAAAUGUAAUUAAGCUCGAGGGCUUAGUUAUUUCAAGGAUGUCAAGUAGUCUUUAUCUUGUUUUUGAGUAUAUGGAGCAUGAUCUUGCUGGCCUUGCUGCUGUACAAAGUGUCAAGUUCACAGAGCCUCAGGUCAAAUGCUAUAUGAAACAGUUGCUUUCCGGUCUAGAGCACUGCCACAAUAAUGGAGUAUUACACAGAGAUAUUAAGUGCUCUAAUUUGCUAAUCGGCAAUGAUGGUGUUUUGAGAAUAGCCGAUUUUGGGCUGGCCUCGUUUUACGAGCCUGAGCACAAGAGGCCAAUGACGAGCCGCGUUAUAACACUUUGGUACCGUCCACCCGAGCUUUUGCUUGGGGCCACUUAUUAUGGGGUUGGUGUUGAUUUAUGGAGUGCUGGGUGUAUUCUUGCAGAGUUGCUUGCUGGGAAGCCAAUAUUGCGUGGAAGAACAGAGGUUGAGCAACUGCACAAGAUAUUUAAACUAUGCGGCUCACCAUCUGAAGAAUAUUGGAAAAAGUCUCGACUACCGAACGCAACUCUUUAUAAACCUCAACAACCUUACAAGCGAUGUCUGGCAGAGACUUUUAAGGAUUUUCCACAAACUGCCCUUUCGCUUUUAGAAUCUCUUCUUGCCAUUGAUCCCGAUGCACGAGGUACAGCAACAGCAGCAUUGAAUAGUGAAUUUUUCACGACCGAACCAUAUGCCUGUGAACCGGAAAGCUUACCUAAAUUUCCUCCUAGUAAAGAACUGGACAUCAAAUUGAGAGACGAAGAAGCUAGA